UCAAAAAAAGCCAGAACAUUUGGCGAAACAGCCGUUUGGAAAAAUUCCAGUGCUUGAACAACAAGAUUUUGUGCUGUACGAAUCACGUGCCAUUGCCCGCUUUAUCAACGAUACGGCAACCGGUGGUCAAUCGCUGGUCCCUAGUGAUCCGAAACAACGUGCUAUCUUUGAACAAUGGGCAUCGCUAGAAGCAGGCACUUAUAAUCCACACAUCGAAGGAUUGGUUGCUCAACGUGUGUUCGUCCCGAUGAAAGGUGGUCAAACGGAUGAAAACAAAGUCAAGGAGCAUUAUGAUGCAUUGAAAGGUUAG